AUCUUUUUCCGAAUGACAGUGUCACUUCAAGGUGUCGUAGUAUUGAGUAGUGUAUCCUUUCGCGAAAGUUCACUUGAUGCUUUGGGCUGUAUUGCCAUCCAGUAUGGCGAUCAUACGACUACCCUGUUAAUAAAACUGUGAAUUAGCUCUGUCGAAAUAAACCUUGACGUCUGGUGCGUCGCAAGAUUAGAUAAGGGCGUGCUUGUCUUCCGGUUCCGUUGGGUUUGUAAUGGCGGCAGAUGUAGGUGUUAUGAGUAAACCAAGGUUUAUUGUUUUGGGAGGGUGUGGAUUCAUAGGGAGGAAUUUUGUGCAAUACCUCAUAGAAAAUGACAUAGCUUCAGAAAUAAGAGUAGUUGACAAGGUUCCACCACAAACAGCCUGGCUGAAUCCAAAGCACCAGAAGACCUUUGAGGAUCCACGUGUCGUUUUUCGGAGUGCCAACCUGAUUAAUUCCGGUUCUUGCGAGGCUGCCUUUGCACCCAACGGAGACAGUCCAUUCGACUACGCCGUCAAUUGUGCCUGCGAGACCAAACCCGGCCAGACCGACCCUGUGUAUAAAGAAGGAAUCUUGAAAUUGAGUAUUAAUUGUGCCAAUGAAGCAGCAAAACAGGGCGUCAAGAGGUUCAUUGAGCUUUCAGAUGGCCACAUGUGCUCAUCUGACAAGGCACCUUUCAAGGAGGACGGGAAGCCAGAACCCUGGACGUACGUGGCUAAGUGGAAGUGCCAAGUGGAAGAGGAGUUGAAGAACGUGCCCGAUCUAAAGUACACCGUGGUGCGCCCCGGCAUCGUGUACGGGCUCGGCGAUCGCCACGGCCUCGCUCCGAGGCUGGUCAUCGGUGCCGUAUACAGGCACCUCGGAGAGAUGAUGAAACUGCUGUGGGGUCGCGACCUACGCAUGAACACAGUCCACGUGGAAGACGUUUGCCGCGCGAUAUUGCACUUGGCACAACGCGAUGACACUGUCGGACAGGUUUACCACAUCGUCGAUUCGGGAGAUACGACGCAAGGAGAUAUCAGCUCCGUUGUGUCAGACCUCUUUGACAUCAAUCACGAUUACUGGGGCAAUACUCUGUCCAGCAUCUGCAAGUUGUUCCAGGCGGACAUGUCCAGUGUGGUUGAGGAGGUGAACGACAAGCACAUGGGUCCGUGGGCCGAGGCUUGCGCCCGGGACGGUGUGGAGAACACUCCUCUGACACCGUACAUUGACCAGGAGCUGUUGUACAACAAACACCUCUACCUGGACAACAGCAAGCUGCUCAGCACAGGCUUCGAACUAUCUGUGCCGAGACUGUCAAAAGAUAAGCUGAAAGAGAUCCUUACAGACUACUCGUCAAUGAAGCUGUUCCCGCACUCCCUGAUUUUGUGAUGCCGCAGUCUGUCACGAGUGCUGUGCUGUUCUCCGCUCCUCACCUGCUAGCCCAGCCUGUGAUGUGGAUUCGGGAUGGUCACUGUAGUCCGUCCCGUUCCAGAGAAGCCGAGCGGCGAUAUACCGAAAGUCACAACGGUGCCGAAGUGUGAACCCUUUCUCGGCUCCCGUACAAUUUUUUUUCCCUGUCCCUGCUACAGUUUCCUUGUCGGAGCUGUGGGUACUGGACCCGCGAAUUCUACCCCUGCGGUCCCCGUGCUAGCUCGAUGAAUGUUUCGCUUCUGAGAGGGCUUCUCCUAUAGCUGUGCUGGCUGCCUUACUGACUUUGGUUUAGUUUUACCAUUGUGAAUUCUAGUGGAGAAAAAAAUUGUUAUACCUGUGAACAUAAUGUGACUAUGUGGUGCUUAUCUGCGAGAUUAGUACAAGGCUACAAAUUACUAGUCCCCCGCCCCUCCCACUAUGUUGUGUUACAUUGAAAAACAAUGCUAAAGUCGUGUUUCUGCGCUGUUGCAGUAAGUUUAAACUUUGUUUUUUUACGUGCCUCUGUUAAAGGCGUAACAAUAAAAUCUUUCAUUCCCACCAGCUGAGUCUGUAUCUUUCUAAGAAUUGUUCCACAGGUGGUUCCCAAAGGUUAAAUUGACAAAUCAACCCAGAUCUCUUAAAAGUAAGAAUAAUAUAAUGUUAUAUCCUUAAUAUACAAAUGCGUAUCUAUUGUAAACAUUGUUUGGUGAUACUUAAGAUGUUGUUUGCAUAAUGUGACUGUUAUGUAAUUGUAAACACAUUUAUUUCUUGCAAGUGAAGGAAAGACUGGCCGAAUGGAACAAUCCGCAAGUGUUCUAUAGCUUUUUGCUUUGUCACUUUUUUUGGUAAUAGAUAAGAUGAAUGACUACUUGUUUCCCAUGCAGGCCUUCAGAUUUUUUGGAAAUGGUUGCUUUUCUGGAAAUUUUCAUUUAGAACAGUUUACUAUUUUGAUCUGUGAGUUACACGUGUAUGAAUACCAGUGGUACAGUGUGUUCUUUCCAUUUGUGUAGAAGUAACGCCAAUUUGUACUUCGCCUGUACUUAGUUUCACGCUGUACUUCACUUCCUGCCGUGCAAAGGCUUUGGGAAUGGCGAUAACAAGUAUUAGUACAGCAAAAAAUAUGUAAUAUUUUCUUUCUUGAGCAAAGAAAAGAAAAUGUUUCGUAUUCUUUGUGGACAAAAAUGUAUCCACUUGCAAAACUCUUUUGUUGUUUUGACCAUUUUUAUAAUACUUUGUGUGCUGCAAUAAUGAUUUGUAUUAUUGCUUGAUGAAAAGAUUUGAUCCUUUUAGAAAUUUAUGGAAUUGGAUUUGAACUUUUUUGUGCAAUUUUGUAGUUCUUUAUAGAGCUCUAGAGAGCAGUCGACUUGCCUCGCCAAGGUCGUGUGUGGGAUCACGUAACUGUUUUUGUACAUUUCUGGAGACUUGGGAGUCAUCCUUCAGAAAUUCUUUCACAGCUGUGCAAUAAGAGUAGCAUUCAAAUUUUGAAGAUCUUACAAGAAUACAGAGGCUGUGAGUUUUGUGUAACCUUUUAUGCCUUUCUUUCCUCUGUAGGUCAGAAACAGUCAAAAAAGAUUAACUAGUCAAAGAAAAACUAAACAUUCCAUUGAAGCUCUGUAUUAUGGAGUAAGUCAUAAUUUUAUUCACUUGUCUUAAGUUAUUUGAAGAUCAGUUGCUACUGUUGUUUGUAAUUUGUAGAACUAACCUAUUUACACUGAGCAAGUGGUGUAGAAAACACUGGAGCAUGUUGUUGAAGGUGUCUGUUGGUUUACCUUGCUGCCUGUUAUCAGGCUUCAUUGGAGGUACAUCAAUGGGAAGUCAUUGGUUGAAUGUGAGUAAUGUUUCUGUUUGUAUCAAUGACUCGUCCAUAUGUUGAAUUUUUAACUUUAAUCUUCAUUAUUUAGAGUUAACUGUAGAUGUCAUAUGAUUUAUAUGCUAAUUACUUCAUACCUAUUGAGUAUCCUUAAUCACAUUUUGAAAGUUUUCAUUCAGCGUUUUAUUCAAAUUUUCAUCUCACUUGACUUUCUGUAGAGCUGAAGAGAGAUUCUUUUUUGCCACCUGUUUCCCCACUCUUCCUGGUUUCAUAGUUUGCUGUUCUACACCUACAUUCUUAUGCACCAUACUACUUUGCCAUGUGUAGAAUAAAGAUUACGUAGCCAGAUUUCUUAAAACGAGAGCACCGUCAGAUGUCUGCCGUGAGCUGCUGUGGGGGCCACGAGACUUCUUUUGUAGCAUCUGCCUCUGGAGUUCAUUGAGCAUUUCGUUUAUGCUCUACCACUGAUUUAAUAAACCUGUGAUAGAACAUGCAUUAAUUUUAUUUAUUUAUUUUUUAAAUCCUACCUGGUAAGGACCAAAAACUGACAAGGAAUACUUAAAAACUAGAGAGGAUUGAAGUUUUGUCAACUACAUUAUUUGUGGUUUGAUUGCAUUUCCAUCAGAUUAAAAUCAGCCCGGUAUCCGCUUUUCCUACAGUCAGUUUGUGUGUUAUUAGUUCAUGUGUAAUAAUUGAUCAUAGUAGAUGACCCUACAGAGGUAGUGUUGAUACGAAUGUUGAUUAUAUAUUGCACCCUAACAGCUUUGACAAAUGAAUGAUUUAAUUUGAAUCGCUUUGAUAUAGUGUGAAAGUUUCAGACACCUUCACUGCUAUGCUUCAGAAUUAUCAUAUUUAUAACGGUAAUAAUUUUAUUAUUAUUGAAGUGAGCAUUAUUUUAAUUUUCAUAUUGUCUUGAGCAAUGACAAUUAAGGGUAUGUUUUGUUUGAUAGUAACUCCUGAUAAAGUGAUUAGCAAUUCCCUAAAUUUUCCACUAGAAGUGCCGAUAUAUUGACUGCUUGUUUUUGUAAUGUUGCUGUAUUUCUUUCUAAAGAGAGAACAAAAAUAAUAUCAAAUUUGCACUGUUUUGAAAUUUGUUCUUGAAGCAGGAACCUUAUGGAACUGUAAGAAAAUAUAUGCAUAUAUUUUUAAAGAUAUAUCUGCAGUUGAAUGCUUGGAAUGCUGAAAUGUAUGCUAUGUGGCUCAUCUCUUUUAUUAUGAAUUUACACUGUUAAUAACAUACUGAAUGAGGAAGCUAGCUGCAAAUGUACUUAAGAGAGCAAUAUUACACUUAUAGAUCUCUAGGUGUCAUUGUGGUGCAGGGUUCUUUUCUAACUCAAUAUAAUAGUAUUAUAUUAUAAAUCAGUAUUUGAUACAAUAUUGUAAUGAAUUUAUAUAUCAUGAACAACUAUGUGUAAGGGUAACCAUGUAAGUUGGAUCUUUUGUGAUUUUCACGCAUGCAAUAAAAAAUGUUUGCAGUUUCUCAAAUAA